GAGGUGUCUUGAUGGGGCUCGGUUGGUGGCUGGUGGGUUUGAUCUGCUUUAUCACCAUCGUCGGCAUCCCUUGGGGAAAAGCGUGUUUUGUGAUUGGUCAAUUUUGCUUUUUUCCGUUUGGCAAAGAAGCGAUUAGUCGUCGUGAUCUGACAGAGAAAACCGAUGUGGGUACAGGCUUUUGGGGAUCGGUAGGAUGGUGGUUAGCCAUUGGUCAUGUGAUUUCAGCCUUAGCCUUGUUUAUCACCAUUAUAGGUAUUCCCUUUGGAAUUCAACAUCUUAAAUUUGCAAAGAUAGCGUUGUUUCCUAUUGGACAGACAAUUGUUGAUAAAGAGGUGGCCUCAGAGUCUUUUAUGACACAAAGUUUACAAGGCAUGGUGUUUGCCGUGACAGGUGCUGGCGGUGGUAUUGGUCGCGCAUUGGCAUUGGGUCUAGCUAAAGAAGGGUGUUCGUUAGCGAUUAGUGAUCGUGAUGAAGUAGGUUUGGCUCAGACGGUAGAUUUAUUAAAAAAUCAGUACCCUCAAACCAAAGUGUUGUCGCAGGGCUUAGAUGUGACUGAUGAAGCAGGACAACAAGCCUGGUUAGCGCGAAUUUUGGCAGAAUAUAACCAAGUUGAUGGGGUUAUUAAUAACGCAGGUAUUGCCUUGAUGGGUAAUUUUGACGAGGUGGAAAAAGAAAAAUUUGACAAAGUUGUCGCUGUGAAUUUAACUGCACCGAUCAAUAUUACGCGGCUGUUCCUGCCCGAACUCAAAAAACGUCCUUGGGCAGCCAUUUGCAAUAUAUCAAGUUUGUUUGGUUUGAUAGCACCUGUUGGUAAUGCAGCGUAUGCCGUUGCUAAAUUUGGUUUGCGUGGUUUUAAUGAGGUAUUGCGCCAAGAAUUGAUGCCGACAAACGUGAAAGUCAUUUCGGUGCAUCCAGGGGGUAUUAAAACCAAUAUUGCCCUAAACGCAGAAGCGGCAAGCAACUAUACCGAACAACAACGAGUAAAACUAGCAACAGAGUUUGGCAAAGCAUUGGUAACCACUCCCGAAAAAGCCGCUAGCAUUAUUAUCGAAGGGAUUAAAGAAGGCAAGCCCAAGGUUAUUGUUGGGACAGAUGCAAAAUUGGCUGACAAAGGUUGUUUAUUGGCCUUGAUGGAUCGCGAUACCGAUGGUUUGCUGACAACUCAGCAGAUGAUUCUUGCGCAACAAUCCAGUGCGGUUGUGUUGAUCGAUGUUUUUGAUAUUACAGACGAAACGAGUCAAAAGCUGUGGUUAGAUCAUGUGAUACAAAAAUUUGGUUUUGUUGAUGCACUGAUCAAUAACGCGGGUAUUGGCUUAUUUGGUCAAUUUGCUGAUGUCAGUCGUGAGCAGUUUGAAAAAGUCAUUGCGAUCAAUUUACAAGCCCCCAUUGAACUGACGCGACUUUUCUUACCCAUGCUCAAAACAAGACCAUGGGCUUUGGUGUGUAACGUCUCAAGUUUGUAUGGUUUGAUCCCACCUUUUGCCCAAUCAGCUUAUGCGGUGUCAAAAUUUGGAUUGCGUGGCUUUACCGAGGUUUUGCGCCAAGAGUUAAUGCCAACCAAGGUCAGCGUUUGUUGUGUGCAUCCAGGGGGCGUUAAAACAGCCAUUGCGGGAAAAGCUGAAUUUGCCAGUAAAGUGGCCAAGCAUGACAUGCAACAAAUGGUGCAAGCAUCCGAUAAAAUGCUAUUGUCCACGCCUGAAAGUGCGGCAAAAGCUAUCAUUGCGGGCAUAGAAAAGCAAAAAUCACGUCUUAUUGUGGGAUUAGAUGCCAAAGCGAUGGAUUUUUUGUCGCGUUUGUUGCCUGUGACGAUGUUAACG